GCUGCGUCUAGUCUUUGACGAUGAAGUUCAACUUGUUCAGAAGGCCAGAGGCCGUGGCGGCCCCCGAGCCCACCGGGGUCACCGGGGCCACCGGGGCCACCACGGCCACCGGGGCCACCUCGGCCCCCACCCAGGGCUACGUCUCCACUUCGGUGCCGGACCUCGGCCCUGGCUCCAACAACACAGAGAUCAGCAAGAACGACAUGUUUGAGGAGAUCAAGAACAAAUUCUUGAAUGAAAUUGACAAAAUCCCAUUGCCUCCUUGGGCUCUGAUCGCCAUCGCUGUUGUGGCCGCGUUGCUUAUUCUGACCUGCUGCUUCUGCAUAAUCAAAAAAUGCUGUUGCAAGAAGAAGAAGAACAAGAAAGGGAAGAAGGGGAAGGAUGGCUUCAACAUGAAGAACAUGCAGGGCGAGAUACACCAGGACGAGGAUGAUGAUGACGAGGGAGAGACUGGACUGACGGAGGAGGAGAAAGAGGAAGAGGAGAAAGAAGAGGAGAAACUGGGGAAGCUGCAAUACUCCAUAGAAUAUGACUUUGAAAAUGCAAAGCUCACAGUUGGCAUCCUUCAAGCUGCGGACCUCAUUUCCAUGGACUCAGGUGGAACCUCAGAUCCCUACGUAAAAGUCACGAUCCUGCCUGAGAAGAAGAAGAAGUAUGACACCAAAGUCCACAAGAAAACACUGAACCCUGUCUUCAAUGAGACAUUUAUAUUCAAGGUGCCCUACGAGGAGCUCGGGGGGAAGACUUUGAGUAUGUCUGUUUUUGACUACGAUCGAUUUUCCAAACAUGACGUGAUUGGGGAGGUGAAGAUCGCCAUGAAGUCCAUCGACCUCGGACGGCCGAUCGAGGAGUGGAAGGAUCUGGAGAGUGCAGAUCAAGAGGAGCCUGAGAAACUGGGAGACAUCUGCAUCUCCCUCCGUUACGUCCCCACCGCCGGGAAACUCACCGUCUGCAUCCUGGAGGCCAAGAACCUGAAGAAGAUGGACGCCUGUGGAUUAUCUGAUCCUUAUGUGAAGAUCCAGCUGCUGCAGGGCGGCAAGCGUCUGAAGAAAAAGAAGACUACAGUGAAGAAGAACACCCUAAACCCUUACUAUAAUGAGUCCUUCAGCUUUGAGAUCCCCCUGGAACAAAUGCAGAAAAUCUUGGUGGCGGUCACAGUGUUUGAUUAUGACAAGAUCGGUAAGAAUGACGCCAUUGGAAAAAUCUUCGUGGGCAGCAAGGCGACCGGCCUGGGUCUGAAGCACUGGUCCGACAUGCUGUCCAACCCGCGCCGCCCCAUCGCCCAGUGGCAUCCAUUGCAGCCAGAGGAGGAUAUCGAUGGUCAGCUGGCAAAAUUGAAUGCAAAGAAGUAAAGUGCUCCACCAACCAACUAAAACUCAGAGCCCCCACCCCUACUUUGCAUGAAACCCAUGACUUUAACACGUUGUGACUACCCGUCAUGAAACCUGCUCAGCAAAAAAGAGACAUCUUAGAAUAUUCGCUCAAUCAUGGUUAAGUCGAGAAAAAAAAAACGAUUUUUAAGCAUCACAUUUCACACAUUAGCGUAUGUUGUGAAGAGUGCCGUUGAGAGCUAUCGGGUGACUGGUUCAUGAAUGAUCGACGGUUGGUCUUUCUUUCGUUUGAAGAAACUCAGAAACUGAUUCUUAGGGUGCUGACACGGAACGAAACUCUUGGUGAAAACAAUGCUGGAAAUAAAGCUUUAGUUUAGUUCAUAGAGCAUGCUUUACUUACCUCCCCACUGCUCUGCAUACAUCACACCCAGUAUUGUAUCUUGCUAAUAAGUGUGCUAUAACUUGCAAUAGAAAGAACCGUAGUAUUGGGUUAUUUCCUGCAUAGUAUAAGUCUAUUAAAUGCAAAAAUAUUGUAUUGAGGGUGAAUGAGGUCAGCGAUCCAUGUUGCAAUAUAUAUUUUGAAGAGAAAUCUACAUACAUGAUUGUCUUUAUUCAUUUUAUCAGCUUACAUGUGAGCAGAAGAAAAACACAUUAUGGAACAGUUGAUCUAAGUUGCUUGUUUUGUGUUGCCAUGUAGGCACGUCUAUGCAUUUGACUUCAGCAGUCUGUGUCAGACAUAUGUAAUGUUGGACAGGAAUACAAGGGUGCCUUUCCUGGUGUGACACUUUGAGAAAUCCAUUAAGACUCAUUGUUUUAUUUUGAAGGGAAAAUCAUUAAAAAAAAAAGUAGUCAGGGACACUGUGAAUGUGCCAUCUGCAAUCUGUCUUGAGCUGUGUAGACCACUUUGAUGUAAACUUUACUUAGCUGUGGCCAAAGUAAGGAUACGAAAAAGCGUAUCAAGGAUGAUCAAAGUAUUUAUAACUGUGCUUCUUCUACAUGAUGCUCUUGCUUUCUUAAAACAGUGCCAUUUAACUCAUUUUAGUUUUUUGAUUAUAUGUCCAAUGUUGUAGUUUACCAAACAUACUGCAGUACACUCAUUUAUGGGGAAAAACACAAGGAUUUCUGUCAAAGACAAGAUGUUUUUAUAGAGAAUUUGAAAUGUCAGAUAGCCACACUUUUUAAGACAAUGUGAGGUCAAGUGCAAAAAAGCAGGUUCCUGAAAUCUCAACAGAGCAAGUGUUAGCCGACAUCUAAACAUAUAAUACAAUAAACAUCUUCUGGACCAUUUAGCUUGAACCAAAUAGAGCUGCAGAAUCCAGCAUGUAUCAUGCCUCGCAGUGUUUCAUGUCGUUUGGAUCGCUCUCUCAUCGGCCACAAGCUUUGUAAACCUGGAGCCAAAGUGCUGCGACCUCUUCACCAAUACACUGUUAGACUGAUGUGGAGGGGUAUGGACGCAAAAAACACCCAAUGGAGAUUUCUGUCUUAUAAGCAACAACAAACUGUGAACAUUUAACAGCUCUGAAUUGAAGGCAUUGAAAUACUUUACUUGGAGAGUUCAUUUGAGUUUGAAUAAUCCACUUAACUUAAAGACUGAACAAUUUCCAAUUUUGGGUAAAGAUAAAAAAAGGAUUUACCUUAAACUAGAUGCAAGAUAAGACUUUUUUUGGAUAUAAAAAUCCAGGUUCAUUCAGAAACCAACAUUUAUUAUGAGAGAAUAAACAUGGAUAAUAUGUAAUACCAAGGAUAACCCAUGAAUGAAAUUAUGAUUUAAUAAAAAGAAAAUCAAAGAAAUCCUCACGUCGACCAUAAUAUUUUUAAUUCGUGAGAUGCUGAUCCUUGGUAGAUUUACACACAGUAAACAAUAAGCAAAGUAUAGCAUUUUAACACAUUUCCUGAUGAAAGAAAACCGUAAUAAAUAGUUGUAACAUGAUUAUAUUUUUAACAUUCUGUAAAAUCAGAUUCAGCAACUGGACACUUUUCUAAUUGAAUUUCAGAAAAUUAAGGAGAAAACCGAAUAUAACUGGAGUUCACCUGCAAGAAAAUAAAAAUUCAGAGAAAUUAUUUUCAAAGUAAUAUUAUACUGUAAGUAUAAUAUAAUUCUUAAAUUGCAGUGUUAUUCAAAUAUAAGGUUUAGUAUCCAGAAAAAGUUAUAUUAGUUAGGAAUAAGGUGUUCAGUUGUGUUUGAAAAACUCAAAUGUGUGCAGCCUUUCUUUGCCUCCAUAGGAGGAAGGAUUAUAUUUCUGCAGACAGAUCCCAGCCGCACACUGAUUGGUCCUUGCACAGUACCACUUCUUCCUAUUGAUAUCAUUAUGCAUCACGCAGAUUUGUUAAUAUGCUACAGCAUGUACUCGCAAGAUAAUGUAAAUAGCAGCAUGUUUUAAAGAGAAACCAUAAUUAUAUUGUGUAAGUGUGUUUGUGAUCUGUGUCAUUUUUGAUAAUAAAACAGAGUAAAAAAGAGUAUGCACUGACUGCAAAGUGUAUGUAUUUUUGCUGAUUGGGACUGAAUGUAAGUCUUAAGAAUCCAUGUUGGGGGUCACACUCCUUUAAUGCCUGGGAUUAAAACGAGUUUGCUUUGUGUAUCAUAUGUAAAAAACACAAAAAGAUCCACUUUGUUGCCAUAAAACUGCAUGUCUGUCUUGUUUCCUGUCAUCGUUUGUAUGUGUCCUCUGUGUUAAAUCCAGUGUUACAGAAUGCCUGGGCUACAUGUUAUUAUUGUUCAUUUCUGCUUGCACCUGUUAUGCAGUAUGUUUUGAUGCUGAACAGUAAACUGUAUAUAUUUCAAAAAAAGAGAACAUAUUUAGCGGGUCCUUGAUUUUCUAUCUCAGUGUACCGUAAGUGUUUCCUUCAUUUACUCCUGCCAGUUGGGUGUUAAAUCUAAAUUAAAUGUAGAUAUAGUGGACGGCUUGAAGCUUCUUUUUCCCUCCGUGCUUCAUAAAACUGUACACCUUCUCAUCUUAUUGAAUUUCAAAUAAACCUGCUCUCACAUGUCUGAUUAUAUUUUGUAACAUAAUAAAUCAGUCAGUAAUUUGCAUAUAAACGUAACUUUGUUUAAUGUCUUUUUACAGUAUAUUUAUCACAAUUUUUUUUGCUGGAUUACUUCUGUGGAAUAUUAUUAUUGCAUAUUAUUGAUGCAGUCCUCUGAAAAGAGCUCCAGUCAUGACUUUCAGCCAUCAGUAAUCUAUUCAUUGACUAAUGGAUUGCAAUGGGAUGAGCUGGUGUUACACUUGUGCAUGCACCGACAUAUCAAUGCUGUAUCCAUCAUGACGUCUCCAAUAUGGGGAAUUGGUUACCCAUUGCUCCUUUAAGUCACUAUUAUUUGCUGAUGAAUACAACUUUAUCUACAGUGCAUAAAGAUGAACAAUCGUGAUCUGGAUGACACUCCAUUUUUUAGAGCAAAAUGUAGCUAUCUCUAUGUUUGAGAGGCGGAGAGAAAUACGGACCACAUAUAUUCUGAAAAUUCAAUUCCUCAAAGUGUUGUCAAAUUUAGGUUCAAAUCUUAUUGUGAAAGAGCGCCACAUUGCUUUCUUUUCUACUGCGUGUGUCAGUUCAUUCCUUACUGGGGUCAUUUCAUAUACUCACGCUCCUCUAUCUAUACUGUAUAUGAGCUGCCACCAGAAUCUGUCUCAAAGGUUUUGUGUUUUUGCAAUAGAACCAUUAGAGCGUGUAUUUGUUUAUUGCUGUUUUAUUGAUGGAUCAUAUGAGUCUGUCACUUUUCUGCAAUGCAGGCAACAAAAUCCCCGUCUUCCUGGGUCUCUCAAGCGUUCUGGAGCGCAGAUGAGACCCAAACAGAGCAGAAAAACAUUCGCAAUGCAAUACUGCCAAUCUACUGCUUCAAUAAUAGUCUUCAGUCCUCUUAUGUGAACAUAGCCAUGAUACAGAACAUCCAAAGACCUGAUCAUCCCCCAAACUUUGUCCAUCAGGCAAUCACUUUCCGAGCAACAUAGACAAGGGAAAUGCUUUGACCUCUUUCUGGACCCUUGUUUUGUGUCUUGUUGUAGAGGUCUGUCAGUAGUUGUGCCUUUUUGUGAACCGCAUGAUUUAUUUCCGUACGAAAUCCAUGUUUUCCAGCAAAAAAAGGAACAAAAACCACACAUGUACUCAUAUAUCACUCUGUGUAGAACUGAAUUACUCAAGGGAAUCAAAAUAUGGGAUGUGGUCAGGACGUAUCUGUGUGUUGUCAACAUGUAACCUUAGGAAAUAAAGGCAUUUUCAGUA